UAGACACUGGUGCACGCGAAUGAAACUUAAAGGUUCAACAUCACCCUAUAUUUAUUGAAAAAAAGAUAUAUGUUCAUGGUUUACCCACCAACUGACUGAUCGAAACGUCUCUACAACAAGAAAAAGACGGGAGACUGCAACACGGCAAAAAUAUCCUAAUUAAAGUUCAUCCAUAGAAUGUUUUUAUCGCUUGUCUUCUGGUGCCUACAAAUCGUAUUUUUAUUCAAUACGUUAACGGUUAUCUCGGGAAAGAUAACAGAUGCAGAUAAAAGCACGAGUGCUAAAAUGGCUUUGGAAUCCUUCCUCUUGAGAACUUUAAGACCUGACUUCGGCUCACGUCUUGUGUUCAUCAAUGAGUCGCAGUGGAAGGAGCAGAUCGAGACCCUAGUGAAGCCCCUAACGGCCAAUCAAAUGGAAAAAUUAAGUUGCAGAAGGCGGUGUGGAAGGAAACGAAGGCGUCAUGAUUCAAAUGAGGGUUGCUUUUGUGAUGGAUUUUGUAAAAGCUUUGGUGAUUGCUGUUUUGACUUCGAUGAAUUGUGUAUAGUACCUCAAGUAUCGAUGGAAACAUGUGUCAGAGAAUAUAACUAUUGGGUCCCGGAUCGGUUGAUUGGUCGCGCAGUUUGGAGCUCAUGCCCGAAGAACUUUACAGAUGAGAAUACAAAGCAAAAAUGUCAAGGCAACGAUGAAGAUGAGAUUGGUUUGAACCCUGUGCCAGUGUAUGACAAAUACAGUAACGUGACAUACAAAAAUAUUUACUGCGCCAGGUGCAAUGGAGCAUUGCACACAGCAUUCUGGAAAGUCAGUUUCCAGUGUUUUAAGUGGUUCGAUGUUUCCAACCUUAGUCUAAGCAAAGACUUGAGACUUUUGCGAGAUCGGUGUUAUCUUCAGAAAAUGCCAGUUGAUGAUUCCUUGAAAAGAUGCAUCCCAUGGCUUCGGCUUCCGAUCAAAAGCGAUCCAACGAUGGGUAAUACCCUUUGCAAAGCAGAAUGUCUGAGUUACGCUCUAUUAGUAGUCUCCAGGAGUAGAUCGAAAUUGUUUCGUAACCCUCACUGUGCCUUUUGCAAUGGAAUUGAGCUCAGUGAUAUAGUUUUUUUGGUGCAAGAUGACAACUCUUCUCCGCCACAUUCCUUCAAUACACCCCCUGCCCUAACAAUUCUGUUUGAAUUUACCUCCACAUCUAAGUUUUGUAUCAAAACAGCAGACCAACACAAAAGAUCAGAAGAUCAUCCUACUACCUGUCUACACGAUGAAGCGCAUGACUCUGUACAUCGAAAGGAAAUCAAAACAUGUAAACUUAACUGCACCUUUGUAGCGUACAACAAAACGGAUUAUGAACUCGUUCCCAAUGAUCUCGUAUUUUUGAAGGCCCAUGGGAAAUAUUACAGUAACGUUUCUUAUAAGAUUUGUGGUGAAAAAUUGUUACUGUGCGUUAAUUUUUCAAAAACUUCCCCCGGAACUAGAAGUAUUUCAUUUGAGCACAAAGAAAACUACAAAUUUCUUCAGCUUUUCAGCUUUAUUGGGGCAGUCGUGUCCAUCGUUUCUCUGGUUUUAUUGUUAGUGACUUACGUCUUAUUUGUUGAGCUCCGUAACUUACCAGGGAAAAUCAUGUUAAACUUGGUGAUCUCUUUGUUGCUGUAUGAAAGUGUAUUCCUCUCAGCUGGCAAAAAUGACGAUCAGUUGAUCUGCCUUGUGGUCGCCGCUCUUUUUCACCUCUUCGCCCUUUCUUCCUUCACGUGGAUGAACGUUAUGGCAUAUGAUGUGCAUCGCGCUUUCGCAAAAGUCCCGGAUCCGGCGGCAAACCGACAAGAGGACUCCAAUAAACGUUUGAUGUGUUACUCCCUGUACGCCUGGGGAGGUCCUGCUAUUGUAGUCCUUUCCUGUGUUACAGUUGACCAGCUUAGGGAAGGAGUGAUUGGAUAUGGCCUUGGAAAAGAGAACUGUUUCAUAUCAGAAAAAAAAGCAAAGAUCUUCUCAUUCAUUUUGCCUGUUGGACUGAUUCUGAUUUUCAACCUCUUUGCUCUGGGACACACAAGCUUUCAUAUCGUCAGAACUCGAAAGAGGGCCAGACAAGUGACUAAGCAACAACAAAGCUCUAACGUGGCUUUGAUCUGUGUUAAAAUGGCCUCAGUGAUGGGUGUGACAUGGAUCCUUGGGAUUGCUGCGAACCUACAGGCUCUUUCAUUCCUUUGGUACCCGUACGUUGUUCUAAACAGCCUUCAAGGUUUCUUUAUCUUCCUGUCCUUUGCUGCAACUGGGAAGGCGUUGGAGUUGUACAAAAGCAA